AACACUGAUUUUAGAAUUAUUUUAUAAGUCAUAACUUUGCUAUUACCAAUUUAAUAAAAUAAUAUUAUCUGUAGCAUAAUUUAUCAAAAAUUCCUUAAUUUUUACAGAGUUCUCAUGAUAGUAUGAUGCAAGAAAUUAAUGAUCAUUUAACAAAUUAUAGUGAUACAAUUAAAAAAAAAGUAAAGGCUGAGAAAUUUAAACAACAGACACUCUUACAUUAUAAAAAAAUGCAUCAAAUGUGAUUCAAUCACAAAUUGAUGAUGCAAUAAUUAACUUCAUUAUAGAAGAACUAGAGCCUUUUAAUAUUGUUGAAAAACCUGCUUUUGUAAAAAUGAUAACCACAUUACAACCAAAUAAAAAGGUUAUGUCACGCCCGACCCUUGUGUCAAAAAUAUCAAAAGAUUAUAAUAUCAUGAUAGAUAAAAUGAUAACUUGUUUAGGCAAUAAAACAAUUCUUUGCAUCACAGCAGAUUCAUGGUCAUCAUACUCGUCCGUUUUUAGGCAUGACUGUACACUGGUUAGAUGCUGUCACUUUAGAAAGAAAACCGGCAUGCUUAGCUUGCCAAAGGCUAACUAGCAAACACACAUGAUUAUUUAGCUGAAACAAUUUCAAACCUUCUAAAGAAAUUUAAAAUACAUAAUAAGGUAACAUUAUGUGUCACUGAUAAUGCAAGAAACUUUUUAAAGGCCUUUAGAUUAUUUGAGAAAAUAUCUGAAGAUGAGGAAGAUAAAAUUGAAUCAUUAUCAUUAAAUGAGGUGUUUGAAAAUCAAAAUAGGGAGGAAAACUUUAUCUCCUCAAACAUCACUCUUGUGCUUGCCACAAUCUUAAUUUAGUGGCAAGUGUUGAUGCUGAAAAAGCAUUAGAAGAUGUAUCUUUUAAAAGAAUAUUAAAUAGUGCAUUUGAUAAAUGCAAAAGUUUAUGGAACAAACAAAAUCAGUCAACAUUUGCUGCAGACUUAAAGAGUAAUUUGUCAAGAUUACUUAUUAGGCCUGUUAUUACCCGACGGAAUUCUUAUUAUAAUUCUUUGAAAUUAAUAGAUUCCUUAGUAAAAGAAAAUUCUAGUUUGUUUGACAAAAUCUGUGAUAUGGGAGGAUUAGCUAGACUCUCAAACAAUGAUAAAAAAUUUUUGGAAGAGUACUGUAUUAUCAUGGAGCCUAUUGCAACAUCUCUCACUAUCUUAGAAAGUGAGGAAAAGAUGCAUUUGGGAUGUUUGACCCCGACAAUAACAAUAGUUAUUAUAAAAUUAAACAAACUCAGUGGUCUAAAAUAUGGGCAACCAUUGAUAGAUGCUGUAUUAAAUGGGAUUAAUAAAAGAUUUCAACAUAUAUAUGAAGAUCAAUAUCUUCUUUCAGCAAUUAUACAUCCGAUAUUCAAGCUUCAAUGGCCUUGGAUAAAGCUUCCACAAAAUGAACCUUUAAAGAAUAAACUUAUAGCUCUUUGGAAAAAAGGCAUUGAAACCCCAAGAAUUGAUAAUGAAAGAACUGUCAAUUCCGAGAUAUCUUUUUUUUUGACGAGGAAGAAGAGGGCAGAUUGGAGGAUAAUAACAGAGCUCAAUUUUUUGAAACAAUGGAUAAAACAUUAAAUGUUUUUAAUAAAUUCCCCCUUUUAAAAGAAUUGUUUAUCAAGUAUAACACCGCAAUCACUUCAUCUGCCCCUGUUGAGCGAGUUUUUAGUAUAGCUAACGCUGUAUUAACUGCCAAGCGUUCAUGCCUAUCAGAUGAAAAUUUUGAAAAACAAUUAUUAUUAAAAAUUAAUAAGAAAAUUUUUUUAUAAAUUUAUUUUUUUA